ACGGAAACACAUACACAGAGGAGAUACUGAGAAGUAAAUGUAAUAUGUACUAGGCUCAGCUUCUAGAAGCCGUUCUGGAUGCAAGGAUGAGGCACAGUCUGCUCUGCAUGCUGGGAUUUUUCUGUUUCAAAGCAACUCUGACAGCAGACAGAACAACGACACUAGCCGAGGCUUCUCACAGGGUUUCAGUGAUUCUCCAUCCCAGCUGGCCUCAGAUCUACAGAGGAGAGACAGUCAUUUUGAAAUGUCAGAUCCAGGAAGCAGGAGGAGCUCAGUGGACAUAUGAAUGGAAAACAACCAAUAGAAAGUCUCUAAUACCCUGUGAAUACAUGAACUUCUCAGCUACUGAGGCUCACAGUGGAGAAUACAGAUGCAGAGGAAAAAGAGAAGUGAAGUUCACUCCAUGGAGUGAAGUUAUUAAACUGAUUGUAUCAUCUCCCCCUCAGCCUGUCCUCUCUGUGUCUCCAUCAUGGCUGAAUCCUGGAGCCUCAGUGACUCUGAGCUGUGAGGGUUUGGAGCAUCAACCAGCAGGAUGGAGGUUCUUCUGGUAUAAAGCUGUUCCUAAACCAUCCAGCAGCUCCUACACCUCUGAGCUGCUUCCUGGCAGCACCAAUGGGACCGAACAGAACUCCAACACUGUUCAUGGACCGACUCUCACAGCAGGAUUUGUGUGCAGAGCAGGAAGAGGAGAACCAGAGUUUUACACUUAUUACAGUGAACCAAAGUUUGUCUGGUCUGCAGAUCCUCGUCCAGCAGCUUCUCUCUCAGUGAAUCCUGACAGAGUUCAACACUUCAGAUCUGAAUCUGUGACUCUAAACUGUGAGGGAAACUCUGCUGAGUGGAGAGUGAAGAGGUUUAUAGAAACAGGAAAACUGUCAUACUGCUCCUACUUGGGGACAAUGACUGGAUCUACAUGCACCAUUGACCCGCAUCGGCAUCACAGUGGAGUUUACUGGUGUGAGUCUCAAUCUGGAGAGACUAGCAAUGCCAUCAACAUCACUGUACAGGAUGAUGAUUCUGCUCCUCUCCUGCUGAGUCCUGUUCAUCCUGUGACUGAGGGAGAUCCUGUUACUCUGAGCUGCAGAAUGAAAGACAAACUUCUCUCCAAUGUGUUUUUCUAUCAUAAUGAUAAACUCCUCCAUAAUGACAGCAGAGGGGAGCUGAAUAUCUCUGCAGUGUCAAAGUCAGAUGAAGGUUUCUACAAAUGUCAACAUUCAGGAAAAGAUUCACCAAGGAGCUGGAUGUCUGUUAGAGCUGUGUCCGGUCCUGUCGGCUCUUUACGUCUAGUGCUGCUGAUCAUUGGACCAGUUAGUGGAAUCAUUCUCAUCAUUCUCCUGCUCUCGUUGUGGCGUUGCAUCAGGUCAGCUUGACAUUUAUGUCCUCUCAUUAUAAAUAUGCCACAAAAGAAUCCUUCCUUUCAUUGAUAGAAACCCUUUCAUACUUUCAGAUUGUUUCUGACAGAGAGGCGCAGUCAGAGCUCCACCACCAGCCAUGAAGCAAAUCGGUCUGGAAGUCAGGUUUACAACUCUCUGCUGCAGGGUUGGUCACAGAAUUAACUGCAUUCGUAUUUUGACUUAUUAUUUUUCUCUUUACGGCGAUUCAGUUUCA